AUGGAGGGCUACAGCGCUUCCGAGGAUGCAGGACCAAGCUUUUGUAUCGGCCAUCAUGAGGCAGAUCGAUUCAUUGCCGUUACUCCUCAGGUGAUCCAGAGGGUACACGAAAGCAAUUAUGAUAUGAUGACCGUUCCGAUUACGACACAGCAUUUCCACACUAGGGUUCUAGGAUUACUUUCUUCAUACCUUUCCAAUCUUCCGUCUCCUACUUAUGAUUCUAUUGGAACUAUGGAAACUACGCAGAAUACGAGACCUCUGACAGUCCCACCGCUUUCCAAGUUGGACUCGCAUCUAACGCCCAAUGACGCGACAAGUCAGCUUGUUGGAGUUACCAGCAGCUGGAUUGAUCUUUGCUCACCUGAUCCAUUGAUUGCAGACUUGUCCCGUCAGGUGCUCCUGCUGGAAGUGGCUUAUGCUGCAUUCUGUGGCAUUGGAUAUCUCCUGAUCCCUGGCCCUAAGCUCCACCAUGGCAGCUUGCACUCUGAAGGAGUAGUAUACUAUGCCCGUGCGAUUCAGGAUGCUUUGAACUUGGGAUCUUAUAUUCAAUUCCAUAUUUGGCUUCCCAUGGUAGACAACCCCGAGCUUGAGCUUGAUACCAUGGGUGACCUGGCCCCAUUGGCCCGAGAGGAUUUCCUACAGCCUGAUGAUGGGGCUCUUCCAAAGUUGGAUCUAUUCGGAACCUGGGAUGCAUGGGAUCUGAUCCGAAAGACAUGUAAAUUCCAUGCCAGGCUGUUCGUUGCUCUUUCAAUGCCAAAACAACUCCCACCUCUUUUUGUCCAAUCGCGUUGGCAUUCUGAGCCGGUUCAUUUGCUCACCAUUGACGCCUCAGCCUUCCUCAAGAACCAAAAAUCAUACCCCGUCCUGUCGAAGGCCCAUCAAGCCCUGAUAGCCAAGCUUAUGCGUCUUCGAACACCCCCAUGGAUCCUCUUAUGCGGCGUCGGUUCAAUUCCAGGCCUUGAAACCGGUGAUGAUACUGAGACAAGCCCGUUAUCCGGUCAGGACUACCCCAGUCUGUCACAGGUUGCCGGUAGCAACAAGAAGCAUUUUGACCCCACACCUCAUCUCUCCUACUUAAGGAACUUGCAGCAGCGACAGCCGCCGCGAACCCCGAUUGAAAGAUUCGGUACCGGCUAUCAGGAUUACCUCCAAGCGCCCCUGCAACCCCUAACAGUCAACUUGGAAAGUAUCACCUACGAGGUAUUUGAAAAAGAUCCAAUCAAGUACGAGUGGUACGAGAAAGCUAUUUGUAAGGCUUUGAAAGAUUGGGCAGAACAGAAGAAGCCCACUUCCCACCCGGAUGGCAAAGUGAUUCUGGCGGUUGUGGGCGCUGGCCGCGGACCUUUGGUGACAAGGGCAAUUAAGGCCAGUGCCGAAGCAGGAGUGGAGAUCGACCUGUGGGUAGUCGAAAAGAAUCAGAACGCAUUUGUUCUCUUGCAGCGACACAACGAAACCAUUUGGGAUGGCAAAGUUACGCUUGUCCAGUCAGACAUGCGUAGCUGGAAGGGACCUCAGGUACGAAAGCAGACUGUUGUGGAAGAUAAGGAAAAUGUAGGAGCAUCUCUCGGGAUCCAAGACUCCCUUCUAUACACACCGAAGAUUGGUGAUAAUGACUCUGGCCGGAAAACUGACUUCUCUGGCUCUAAGACUUCCGAGCUUUCGUAUACCCACGUCGAUAUUGUGGUGUCGGAGCUUCUUGGCUCAUUUGCCGACAAUGAGCUGUCGCCCGAGUGCUUGGAUGGUGUCAACGAUCUCAUCAACCCAGACCAUGGUAUCUCCAUUCCUGCCUCAUACUCGGCUCACUUCACUCCGGUCUCGGCCCCAAAGUUGCACUCGGAUGUGAUGAACCAGACGAUUUCCAACCCGGCAGCUCCAGAGACACCUUAUGUAGUCAUGCUUCACGCCAUUGACUUUUUGUCGACGACCGAGUCACCAGUGAAUGCCGACUCUGCGAAUCAAAAUGCCGCCAACCGUUCUUCUGGCUCGGGAAAUAUCACAGCGGCGACAGAAUUCCCAACCCCCUUGGUCAAAACGGCAUGGUCUUUCUCUCAUCCAAACCCAAACAUCCCUGUCCAAUCCUUGUCUCAAUCCACUAUUUCGAAUGCGCACAACGUUCGUCAAACUCGCCUGUCUUUCCCUGCUCAGAACCGCGGCACGUGCCACGGCCUGGCUGGGUACUUUGAGACAGUUCUGUACGGGGAUGUUGAGCUCUCAACUAACCCAGUGACCAUGGAAGAGAAGAGUGCCAGCAUGAUCAGCUGGUUCCCUAUCUAUUUCCCGUUGAAGACUCCCCUGAACGUCCCUGAUAACGGUGAGAUCGUUGUCACCAUGUACCGCCAGACUGAUAACCGCAAAGUUUGGUAUGAAUGGAUGGUAGAGGUGUUUGCACUUGAACGUACCUCUGCACCUGCAACCCGGGUUAGCACACCGACUAUGAGCGGUGCUCGCCUGGGAUCUCCUAGUGCAAAAGAUAACUCUCCGGGUCCUCGGGGCGCGGCCAACCGAGCAGGUUAUCGCCGCGUGCGGGUGGGUUUGAGUGAAUUACACUCAAGUAUCAAAGAUGGAUGCUUGAUGUAA